UCGAGCAACGGACUUGACCAUCCUCUAGUUAGCUAUUCUAUCGUGUCCCUCAUCAAUCCAUAUCCAUCUUUCUACCCGACGGCUCGACUGCUGUCACACACUUCUCACCAUGCCCGCAUACCACUCAGUCUUCCUCGAUGAGCCGAAUCAACAAGUGAUUGGCAACUUUGCCCUGUUGCCUCUCCGUACCCGUACUCGUGGUCCCGCCAUGCAACUUCCGGCCCUCGCCGGCGACGUGACAGAACUCAGCAUUGAUGCCUCACACGAAAGCUACGACCCGCUGGACGAGACGUUGGCCUUGUUCCGCGCCAACACCUUCUUUCGCAACUUCGAAAUCAAGGGUCCCGCCGACCGCGUUCUCAUCUACGGCAUCCUGUUCGUCAGUGAAGUCAUCCAGAAGAUCAAGCCUCAGAUGCCCAGAAGAGAGGCCGAGAAGGCCGUCAUGAACCUCGCCCUCGACACAAACUUCGCCAUCCCCGGCGAUGCUACAUUCCCCCUCAACCAGGCAUUCGAGCCUCCGCGAGACAGAAACGAGGCCGAAGUCUUGAGACAGUACAUCAGUCAGAUGAGACAAGAGUUGGCCAACAGAUUGUUGAACAGGAUAUACGCUGAAGGAGAUGCUCCUAGCAAGUGGUGGUUGAGCUUCACCAAGAGAAAGUUCAUGGGCAAGGCCCUCUAAAGCACAACUGGAGUCUGAAGGCGCCACGCAGCAGUCUUCAACACCAACCAAACCUUCUCAGCUGUCGACGACGAGCACUCUUUGAGACGUCUCCGCGUGAGAGUCAGCUACAACAAGGAUUGUUUGGCGAGCAAUCAUCGUAUUCGCGAGCCCGGGUCUGGGCCUACACAUUAUUGUCGAUAGGGAGACGAAAUAACCAUCAAUUACAUGCA